AUGGCAUCGUCUUUUAUAAAUUCUGAUAAAAAAACAUCAAUCAAUCUGUCAAAGAGUAAUACGAAAAAGGAGAUAUCAGAAUUUAACAUGUGCCCAUAUAAACUACAUUACUCUUUUGGCUUUAAUCCAAACGUCCCUAUAAUAAAUUUAACGACUAAAAAUCGAACAUUAAUUGCGUUCGCUUCUUCACAUAUUGCAAUGAUAUAUGAUUAUAGCUCUAAUGAAAUGUUACCUCUUCAAGGUCAUAAAACUGCUGUUAGAACAUUGUCAAGUUCGAACGAUGGUAAAUGGCUACUGACGGCAGAUUUUGAAAAGGAUUGUGCGGUAAUUAUUUGGGAUACCGAAAUCAAGAUACCUAUUUGCACUUUAUUCGAGCCUCACGGUAUAAAUGGCUUGACAGCAGCACGUAUCAGUCCAAAUGCAAAGUACAUCGUUACCGUUGGCAAUGAAAAAUUACAAAAUGUUUAUUUUUGGUUGUGGACAUACGGAAGAGAUAAACCAGAUGCAAUCGCUGAAUUAUCGGAAAUACAUUUGGAUAGAGUUAAAGAGAUCAGUUUCGACAAUGACUUUCCAAAACGAUUUGCUUUGACUACUGAUCAUCACGUACUUUUUUUUACUUGGGAUCAAGAUGGACUUAGCUAUUAUCGGCCCAAAAUAAUUGGAAAAUAUGGUCAUUUUGGAAUUUUGAAUAGUUCUGUUUUUAUUACAAAAACGUCGAAUACGUUAACGGCAACAACUACCGGCUUUGUAUUAGUCUGGAGCCACGUUUAUACCGUCGAGCAUGCUGUAGAAGAUAAAAACUUUAAAAAGAAGCAUAUCAAAUCGAUAAAAUUACAAACUUGCAAUAUCACUGUAAUUCUUAAUUACGAAGGAAUGAUUGUUACUGGCAAUUCUAAUGGACGAAUUAAUUUUUACGAUAAUGAAUUAAAACUUUUGUAUUGGUGUCAAAAUCGUGAACUGGAAUGUAUUCAAUCGAUCAGUUUCGAUUUAUGCUCUAAAUUACUUGGCCCUGUACACAUUAUCAGUGAAACAGAUAGUAAGCUUGACAUGAUAUAAAGCUUCUUCUUUUUUAAAAAAAUAUUA